AUGGUUAUCUGGGAAAGCUUCAAAAGAGGUUCUAAUUCCAGUAUUGGACAAUCUGCUUCAUUCUACCUCAUUGGUAUUCCUGGCUAUGAGAAUGUUCAUCACUUUAUCUCCAUUCCAUUUUCUGUGCUCUACCUGAUUGGAAUAAUGGGUAACUGCACAGUCCUGCACAUCAUCCACACUAACACGAGUCUCCAGCCCAUGUACUACUUCCUGGCCAUGCUCUCCCUCACAGACAUGGGGAUGUCCAUCUCCACACUUCCCACAGUACUGAAGAUUUUCUGGUUCAAUGCGAGGGAGAUUGGGGUGAAUGCUUGUGUGGCCCAAAUGUAUUUUAUUCAUACUUUUUCUCUGAUGGAGCCAGCUGUGCUCCUAGCCAUGGCCUUCAACAGAUAUGUUGCCAUAUGGGAUCCUUUGAGAUAUUCCAGCAAACUUUCUCCACAACGCGUUGUCUGUAUCGGGAUCUUCAUGGUAAUCAGAUGCUCCCUUGUUCUCCCUGUUGUUCUUGCUCGUGUUCCUACAUUUUCCUUCUGUCGGUCUCGUGUUCUCUCUCACUCUUUCUGUUUGCACCAAGAUGUCAUCCGCUUGGCCUGUAAUGACAUCUCUUUCAAUAUUUUGUAUGGCUUGUUUGUUGUAGCCUUUUAUUGGGGUAUAGAUUCUCUGGGAAUCCUUUUAUCGUAUGCUUUUAUUCUUCAUUCUGUGUUAGGCAUUGCAUCCAAGGAAGGAAAGCUCAAAGCCCUCAAUACAUGUGUCUCCCACAUUUGUGCUGUGCUCAUUCUGUAUGUGCCAAUGAUAGGACUAUCUUUAGUGCAUCGCUUUGCCAAACACUCCUCCCCAAUUAUCCACAUAACCAUGGCCAGUGUUUACCUGUUAGUCCCACCAGUACUCAAUCCAAUUAUUUAUAGCAUCAAGACAAAGCAGAUUCGUCAGGGUUUCCUAAGGAUAUUAGUACCCAAAAAGCUGGGGUUUGCUCACAUUUAG